CUCAGUAGAGCUCCGCCCGUCAACCGAAAGAGAAAACGCAGCCAGACCGACGCGCUUCCCCCCGCUAAACAUAUGGCGAGAACAGCCCUCUUUCUUUCUUAUAUCGUUGUGCCCACUACUCUUUAAAAAUUCCGCCGAAAAAGAGAAGACGAUUUUCCAAAACAUUCUGGCCGUUACCUCACGGCUCCCCUGUCUCUGCACAGGUGUAUGAGUGCUACCCAGAGGGCCUAGGGGCGGCUCUUUACCGGGAGCACUUUGACUUCAACGCUGAGCCACCUUGGGAUCCUAGCUGAUAGCGGGACAGGUCCAUCUCCUGACUUGUCCAUUUUGUUGCAUACCGGCAGGACCCAUUGGCUCAGUCGUGACCCCUUGACUUGUUUAUCUGUUCUUUAUGAUUGUCGGCUUAGCGGAAUACGGUUGAGAUGAAAGGACUCGCUGACAAACCCAGCUAUAUCAUUGAACUCCUGGAGGGAGGAGUGACCCUAGAAGAUGUCAUUGACGGACACAUCUGCGAGCAGGCUCUGGUGGAGAAGAGCGCGUUUGUGGUGGGAGACCUCGGUGCCCUGAUGCAACAGCAUGUCUGCUGGCAGAGUGUAGUGCCACAGUUGCAGCCCUACUACCCAGUCAAGUGCAACAGCAGCCCAGCAGUCAUUGAGGUGCUGGCCGCCUUGGGCCUGGGCUUUGUUUGUGCCAACAAGGCGGAAGUGAGCCUGGUGCUGGAAUACGGCGUGCCACCAGAAAACAUCAUUCUGUCAGGUGUUUGCAAACAGCUGGCACACAUCAAGCACGCUGCCAAGAACAACGUCCAGCAUCUUGUGUGUGAAAAUGAGGCCGAGUUAUCCAAGAUUUCCCGCCUACACCCUAAUGCAAAGUUGUUGCUGCAGUUGACCACCGAGGCCCAUGCAGCUGAGACCAGCAUGGCCUUCGGCUUCUCUCUGAAAAGCUGCCGGCACCUGCUGGAAGCAGCCAAAGAGUUGGGAGUCCAGGUGGUGGGGGUUACCUUCCACAUCCCCAGCUCCUGCCAAGACAUGCAGCAGGCAUACACACAUGCACUGUCAGAUGCCCGCUGUGUGUUUGACAUUGGGGUGGAUCUGGGCUUUAACAUGAACAUCCUGGACAUUGGUGGUGGAUUUACUGGCUCAGAAUUUCAGCUCAAACAGGUUGAGUCUGCAGUCAGGCCGCUGCUGGAUGCGUAUUUCAGCCCACUGUCUGGUGUGCAAGUGUUGGCCCAACCAGGCAGCUUCUAUGUGGCCUCAGCGUUCAGCCUGGCUGUCAAUGUGAUCGGCAAGAAGGUCGUAACCCACCACUGGGACAGCCUAGCUCACAGUGACAGUGAAGAUACUGAGUUCCUGUACUACAUGAAUGAGGGUGUUUAUGGCCCAUUCAACCGCAAGCUGCUGGGAAAAUCAAUCGCUGCCCCGUCAGUGCACAAGCAUGCGUUGUGUGCUGAGGAGGCAGUGUAUCCCAGCAGCCUGUGGGGCCCGUCACUGGACCAGCUGGACCAUGUGGUGGAGCGCUGCCUGUUGCCAGAGCUCAGUGUGGGAGACUGGCUUCACUUCUCCAACAUGGGAGCGUGCGGCCUGGAGGAGUUGAGCUCCUCCCAGCUGCCUGUCUACUACACUGUCUCCACCGCUGACUGGUACGAAAUGCAGGAGGCCGGUGUGGCACUGGACAGCGCCAUGAAGAAUUUCUCCAUGGUCCAGUAUGGUGCAUAACUACCCUCUGCCCCUGUCCCAUAUGAAAUUGCACAGAUCAUCCUUAGCCUCUGCUUUCACCAUGUGAGAAGAGGGGUCGGUGAGGUGUUUGGGACAAGGGGCUACAUUCCAGCCACCAUGGAAAAUGCAGUGUCCUAUUAUUACUUCCAGGAUUUAACUUUCUUUUUUUUCUUUUUUUUUAACCUCAUAAAAUUGGAAACGAUUGGUUCAAUACCUCAAAAGUCUAAAAUUUUAUCUGGAAGAUAAUCUCCUCAUGUUCUCUCCUCCCUCUUACGGACAAAAUGAAAUCUGUCGGCUAAAAGAACUCUAGCCCAGGCUCAAAUGACAUUAUGCAACAAAAUGGACGACUCUUUGGAGAUGGGACCACCCCAACAUGUUUGGGGUGGUUUGUUUCCUAAAUCAAAUCCAGUUUACAAAAUGUACAAUUUAUUGAUUUGAAAUCAUGUUCUCAAUUGAUUACCUGUUAAAAGUCAUGUAAAUCCUGUGUCUGUUCAACACAAAUACAUUUUUGUCUGUAGAUGAUUUUUUUUUAAGUGUUUAAAAGAAUCAAUGCCUCAUGUGGAUUCUGUACUACAGACCCCUCACUUUGCAUAGUUUAAAUGAAAUUAUGACAAUGACGUAACCUCUUUCUUUAUUGCAGCUCACCUCAAUGCAUUUUUAUUUAUUGGAUUUAGAUAUUUUGGGGGCAUGUUUAAAGCUCCAUCUUUACGUGUGUUUUGCCCAGGUAUUCUGCUGUGGCCCAUCUAACAGUGUUUUCCUGAAAAGAUAUUGAUGUGUUUUUUUUUUUUGUUUUUUUUAACGCUACAUGGAUUAAGUGUGCUGUGAUUGCCAUUUGUGACCUCCAGUGGUUUCCCUUUACUCGAAAGGCAUGUAGGAACUGCUGUGGGAGAUUCUCUGUACAGAGAAGCUGCAUACACUAAUGCACUCCUUGCCUCUAAUAGAGAAAGGUUAAUCUGGUUCAAAAUGCACAAAAUCUUUUGUAGGUUAAAGAAAUACUGUGAUUAACAACACAGCCCUGGUUUUUUCAGAUCUUUAUAUUAAGCUGAUGAUACACAGGGCAACUUUUUCAGUAAUGUUGCUGGGUUAUCUUGCUGGAGGCAAGUCCGACUAGGUUUUGAACGGAUUGCGGCGGUGCGGGGUGGGCGGGUGGUGGGGGAAGGGGAUUACGGUAGUAAUCUUUACUCAUUACCACUGACUGCAACGUUGCCCAGCACGAUUGCUCUAAAAGUUGCUCCGUGUAUCAUCAGCUUUAGUGUCUCUUGCCAAGGGAUCAGUCCUUGUUCUCCCAGGAUCUGAAAAUCCAGCAAAUGAGCUAUUUCUAAAGUGUGCUCAAACGUAAAUGAUCUGUAUGUGGUGGAUUUGGACUUGCAUGUCUAUAUCUCUCAUGUGAAAGACAUGCUAGUUGUACACAGACCUCUCUGAGGCAGUGCGAGUGACAAAUGACAUGCCAGACUGUUCCUCAUGCCUCUCUUGAGUCACGGGCGACAUGAUGCACAGUCUGUUGUACAGCUAAAUGUCUCAUGUCUUUAUAAAUAUUAAAGGUGAUCCAACUGCAGUUUUUAAAGAAUCCUGCCCUCGUGUUACAAAUGACUAAUGUAUUAAUUACUUGCUUGUCUAAGGCACUAAUGGACCAUAGCCUGUUUCUGACUGUAAAUUGUGCUUGUCAAAGUAAUGAAAGUGAUUAAUUUAAUACAUUUCUGGUUUCUGA